AUGUCUUUAUUAAACAGUACUCUUCCUUCUCCAUUAUUAUUAUCAGAUAUUGCUCAUCUUCAAUUGAUUUUACGAUUAGUUGUAGCUACAUUCGGUUUAUUCAUACUUAUUGCUGGUAUUCUAGGUAAUAUUCUUAAUAUCAUUACAUUUACUACAUUAGAUUAUUAUAAACAAAAUGCUUGUUCAUUGUAUAUACUUGCAAGAUCAAUAUUUGAUUUAAAUAUUCUUAUUUUUGGUUUGGGAACUCGUAUAUUGAGUCAAAGUUUUCAAAUUGAUUUUACAUUAACAAGUCCUAUUUGGUGUAAAUUACGUGUUCCCAUUAUUUAUAUAAAUACUCUUAGUUCAUAUACAUUUCUUUGUCUUCAAUCAAUUGAUGCAUUCUUAGUUACAUCUCUAUCGAUAAAUUUACGACAAAAAAGUAAUAUACAAUCAGCUCGUUAUUUUCUUCUUAGUUUUGUUUUUCUUUGGAUUAUCGAAGAAUUACCUUAUUUAUUCUUUCAAGAACUUACUUUUAUUUCUGAAAGAAAUAUAUUAAUAUGUACAACAAUUAAUUCAAUAUAUGCGAAAUAUCGUACUUAUUUCAUUUAUUUGUUUUUAACCACAAUUAUUCCACUUAUUUUAAUUAUUGUAUUUGAUCUGUUAACUUAUCGACAUCUCCGUAUACAUUCAAGAGAAAAACGACAUCGUUUACUUUCAAUACUUGGAAAACAAAUGACAACAAUGACUUUAUUUCAUAUUGCAGCUGUUUUUCUAUUUCAAGCUCCAUUUGCUAUUGCACAAUGUUAUUUUCUUACAGUGGGUAUAAGUAAUGAUCCUAUUCGUGGAGCACAAGAACAAAUAAUUCAACAAUUUUUUAACGUAUUAGGCUAUGGGAUAUAUGCAACGUCUUUCUAUUGUUACAUUGUUGCAUCCAGACGUUUUCGUGAACAAGUAUUCAAUAUAUUCUCAUUUAAUCAACAACCAAGAAACAGAAUACAACCUUGA